AUGCCUGAGCUUCCUGAAGUCGAAUAUGCUCGAAAAUUAUUAAGUCGUUUUUUAAAUCAUACACAUAUUACUAAAGUUUCCUAUCCGGAUGCAGAUAGUCUAGCAAGACGUUUUAUGAAUUGUACACCGACAACAUUUGCUAAUAGUUUAGUCAAUCGAAAAAUAAUUGAUAUUAAACGACAUGGAAAAUAUUUAUGGUUUGAAAUGGCUGAUCAACAACCCUUAACGCCCAUAUUUCAUUUUGGAAUGUCAGGAGGUUUCCGUAUAAAAUCAGCACCUGAUGUUACCUAUGCGAAAGAAAUCAAACUUGUUAAAAUGAAAGCAAAAAAUGAAGUUGAUGGACAAUGUGAAUCUUUUGUUUAUGAUGAACAACUUGAUGCUGAUUUAUCAUGGCCACCGCGUUUUACACGUAUUCGAUUUACAACCGCAACUGGCCAUGAUGUAUGUUAUACAGAUCUUCGUAAAUUCGGACGUUUUCAUCUUGUUGACUCAAUUACACCGCUUUCUUGUCUUCCAUUAUCAAAACUCGGAUUUGAUCCUUAUCUUGACAUGCCAAAAUUAGAAAAAUUUAUCGAUUUAGCCCAAUCCUAUCGGCCAGCAUCUAUUGAACUUAAAGCACUUUUACUCGAUCAAAGUUUUUGUGCUGGUAUUGGUAAUUGGAUAGCCGAUGAAAUACUCUAUCAAUCAAGUUUUCAUCCACGAAAACGUUUAAAUACAUUGAAUGAUGAACAAUUCAAACUUUUACAUAAAAAUAUUGAUUAUGUGAUAAGAACAGCUGUUGAUGCUGGUAGUAAUGAACGAUUUCCUCGUGAAUGGCUUUUUCAUUAUCGAUGGACAAAUAAACGUGAAACAGAAGAUUACUAUAAAUUAGCAAUAAAAUUUGAUACUGUCGGUGGACGAACAUCAGCUUAUGUGCCACAGCGACAAAAAUUAUCGAAUGUUGAACAACAACAAGUUGAAGUCAAACUUGCUGCAAAAGAACUUAAACGAAAAAGCAAAGAGAAAACAGAAGAAGAAGAUGGUGUUGAUGAAGAGAAUAAAAAAAUAAUUAAUUCAGCUGAUAUAAAAGUUUCAAAGAAAAAAAUAAGCAUUAAAAAAAUGAUUGCAACAGAUUCGGAAGUAAAUGAACCACUAGUCAAACGAAAAGUACCUAUAGCUCCAAGUAUCAUAUCGAAUCGACCACAACGCACAUGUAACCAGAAAACAAUCAACUAUCAGGAUUGA